AUGACGACAGAGGGGCGACAGGACCCGACAGAAGGUUCCAGAGUUUCGCGGGCCCGGGAGGAGCCCGCGCAGGGUCCCGCGGGCCGCAGCGUCGCGCCCGCCGCCAUCAUCAGCCCGCGCCGCCCACCCGCCCGGCCCAGUACUCACCGGCCGCCUGCCGCCGCGCCCUCCUUCCCCGAGCCCCGACGCCGCCGCCCGGGACCCGCCGAGCUCCGGCCACCGCGACCCCGCCCCGGCCGCGGCUACGCGGCUGAGUCACCCGGCCCCUCCGCGCGGGGCACGCCGGGAAGGCCGCGCGAGCGGGACGCCCCGCCCACGCCGCGUACGAGGCGGUCCUCCGGGUCCGCGGUGCGCGCCGCCGACGCUUGCUGCAGUCGUGGACGGGCUCCGGCGGGAGACGGUCACAGUCCACCUUCUCAGCCUAAAGAGAACGACACCGGCCAGAACCGUCACCAACCGGAAGAAACCUGGACGGUGACCAUGCAGCUGAGACGCAUUGGGGACAGUGUCAACCACAGGAUGAUUCAGGAGGUAAGACCCCCGAGUCCCCAGCAGGGACCUGGCCAGGCUCCCAUUUUUGUGGGUUUGUACAUGUACGAGCAGGAGGCAGAAGACGGCAUCGGAUCGCUGGAGCUGGAAUUAGAGCUGCCCCGGCGUGGCCCAGUGGAGACCCGGAAGGGCCCACGGAAGCUUCCAGCAGAUAAGAGAGCGCAAUCCUUGGACCGGCAGGUUCCCAGGAAGGACUCUGAAUCCUCUAACUCCAGGUGCCCCUCCGGGCCCAGCCGCAGGAGGACAGCCAGCGACCGGGCCAGAGGUUCCGGGAGCCCACCUCUCUUUGCAGAAGCUCAGGGCACUGCUGCUCUCCCUCCCGGAGAGGGGAGCAAGCUUCUCCCCAGUGACCAGGGGUCCCCAGAAGACACCAAGAAAGAGAGACCCCUGAGGCAGGCCCAGCAGAGCUGGGUGAGAAUAUUCCUGAACCUCUUACUCAUGAGGAUGGAGGAGCCGAGAGAAAAGGCUAGCCGGAAGUCCAAGGGGAAAGCUGAGAGGAGCGAGCUCCCUGAGUCAGCCCAGGAGCCAGGCCUCAGGAAGAAAUCCCAGGAAAAGAAGACCGGCCGCAAGAAACAUGGUCACAGGAAGCCGGCCGCUGAAGAGCCUCCUGCAUCCCAGAACGCAGGAGUGGAGGGCCAAGAGGACACGCCGCCCAGUUUGGCUAUGUCACAUGCGGAGGAGGCAGACCUGGGGCUGAUCUGCGGGGGAGAACCAGAGUCUGAACUCCCUCAGGCCUUACCCAUUGAAGGAAGCCAUGCUGACUCCGCAGAUAGUCCCCCGUCAGAAGAGGGCCCUCAGAAGCCUGACCAGGAUGAGAUCAUCUGGAGGAUAGUGGAGGUGCUCAAGAAAGCCGGAGACCAAUUGGAAGAAGAGCAAACGCAAGUCCCUCAGCCAGAGGUGGCGCCACAAAAGCUAACGCCGCCCCCCAGGAAGAAAUCCCAGGAGAAGAAAUCCAGCCUAAAGAGAGCCUUGUCCCUCAAGAGGCUUGUCCCUGAGGAACCCAAGAGAGCGGGUGCAGCCGCUGCGCUUGGCCCAGAAACCCGGCCCAAGAGGCCCAGCUUUCUACCGCUGUGUGUUAACAUCCGGGCAGCUUCCACCUCCAGCAGCCAUGACUCAGAGGCACCCGGAUCCCACGAGGUCCUGUCUAUAGAUGAUGGAGCCUCACAUCCCUCUGAGCUCCACACACCAGCUGGAUGUCAGGGACCCUCCGAGAAGCCUCCGCUGGACAGGGCCUCGGAAUCCAGAGAAUUCAGGCGGAAGAUCCUGGCCCUACUGCAGAGUUCAGAGGAACAGAAGGCCGAGGAGCAAGCUCAAGUUCAGGAGGCGGAGGAGGCGGGAGAAAACCCAGCCCCAGCCGGCAAGGUGAAGGCGCGAGGGAAGAAAGGCAACCUCCGGAGAGCCUUUUCUCUCAGGAAACACAGCUCCAAGGAGUCUAAGAGAAAAGAGGCUUCAGGGACCCUGGACGCUGCCAGCCCGGAGGCCCGACAGUCCAAGAAGCACAGCUUCCUGCCCAUGUGCGUCGCUGGCCACAGAGCUUCCAUCUCCAGCAGCCCAGAGAGCCUGGAGUUCCAGGAGGUGGAGGCUGCAGGAGCUGGGCCAGCUGGGUCCCCGGAAGAACCUUUCCAGGCCGGAAGCCACACAGCAGAUGAGGAGCUGUCACCAGAGGAAGCCCUGGAAUCUAAGGAGUUGAUAAUCCAUAAGCUGGUGGCACGUCUCCAAGAGGUGGACAGAGAGCUAGGGAGGCAGAUCCGGAAGUACCCCAGCUUCAAGCUUUUCUUUAAUGAGUUCUCAGAUGCCUCCCUCAGGAAGUUGGUGGCCACCUUAGACAGACAGAAGGCCCGCCUCUCGGAGGAAGGCAGGAGCCACGCCAGCAGACCCCCACCGUGUGCCUUUGGCUCACUUAACAAGUUUGCCGCCAACCACAGCUGCGCCAUCUGCACCCUCAUGCAGUCCAGAGGCCAAUACAAAGGACACAGUUACGCACACUUCCUAUCCAGGAAGGCACAGCAGGACAUCGCGAGUUUGGAUGGGCAGAGCCCAGACUGAAGGCCGCAUCUCAUACCCAAGUUCUUUUGGGCUCGCCAGCGGUCGGCAG